GAGUUACACUGAUUUAGAAAAGGUAUAAAUGCGGUACCCUGAAUUAUGGGUGUGUUGCCUUUUGGGGAGCCUGGUUAGCUCGUAACAGUCCGGAACAGCCUACUUCGUUAAUUUUUCUGUGUUCUAGAAAUUUCGUAUUUGCAAUUGGACAUCGACCGAUCAUUCGCCCUCUCCCAAUGCGCCGCAUCGGCACGCCGUUUGUUGUCUUUUUCGUUCAGUUUUUUGUCCUUACCUGUUGGGGUGAUGUAUUCUCAAUUACCGGCGGAAAUGAAACCUUAUUAAAUAAUUACAAGAUUGCACUAAUUCUGUAUUCGGCAGACUGGUGCCACUUCAGUCGCCAAUUUGCUCCGGUGUUCGAAAAUGUUUCCAACGAAUUCCGGGAACAAGUUAAGACGGCUGACGUGAUCUUUGCCCGCGUGGAUUGUGAUUCUGAUGGAGCUUACUGCUUCCAACAGAAGAUUAACAAAUACCCUACCUUGAAAACGCGCAAAUACGGAUACACAUCAAAAACGGAAUACCGAGGAGCGCGUACGAUCGAUGCAAUACGAUCAUUCGUUCAAAGCAAUCUCAUAGAAAACUACAACACCACCAACGCCAAUAAACAAGAUAUCAUUCCACUUGUUGAAGCACUUCCGUCAGCACGGGAAAUCAUCGUGGCAUUGUUCCGGGAUUUGGAUCCUUCAAACCCGCAUUUCAUUUACUUCAAAAGAAUAUCGCACAUAGAGCGUGAUAGUUGCGAUUUUCACAUUAUGUACAACGUUGAUGAAGAAACCGAUCGUAUGACUCACAAGGAAGCAUUGACGCAGAAGAUUAGUGAGAUCACGAUUCUGAAGAACGCGAGUCUGGAAGCCAUUCAUACCUGGGUGAAACGCAAGUGCACUGUUCCAGUGCGUGAGAUCACCUUUGAGAAUGCGGAGGAGAUCACGGAGGAAGGCAAACCCCUUAUGCUCUUAUUCUAUGAUGAGAAAUCGGCGAAUCUGAAGUCUAUAUACCACGAUUUGAUCAAACAAAAGUUCGCUGACGAAAUAUCCAAAAUUAAUUUUGUAACUGCUGAUGGACUAAAGUUUUCUCACCCACUAUCCCAUGUGGGCAGGACGACUCGAGAUCUUCCCUUAUUCUGUUUGGACUCACUUGUGCACAUGUAUUUGCACCCAGAGCAUCCGGAAAGCAUACUAGCCGACGAGAAUGCCCUGAAAACCUUUAUCGCGGAUCUCUAUAGCGGUAAAUUGCACCGCGAGUUCCAUUACGGUCCCGACCCACCUUCACUGAAGUCAGCGGACUCCGACGCGCAUCAAAAGCAGGAGAUCUCUCAUGAACAUGAUACAACUCCCCGGGAGUCAGUUUUCAAGAACCUCCGACCAUCGUAUCUGAAGUACACCCUACUGCACGAUGAAUUGUGAGCCUGUGAACACGUUUACCAGCGCACAUUCUUCCUGGCCAUUUUGCCAUUCUCGUUUGUUAUUGUGAUAUGCAACAUUAUAUGUAACUGCACAUAUUCUUUCGCUGGCGCUUACGGUGUUUGUGUCUACGAAGCUGUUCCAUCUACUCGCUUCUGUGUUGCACAAAUUACACUUGACUUACUCCUUUACCUUUUUCUCCUUUUUCUUCGAUUUCUUUUUUUGUCUUUGGGAAUAGGCUUUCUACCCUCCUUGGUCACUGUACACAGCUCGGGGAUCUCCACUGGAGUUGCCCUCACCCAUCGUGCCCAUGUCGUUUAUCUUUGACAUUUUGUCACCGUGCAACGUUGCGAAAGGUUGGUUAUUUAAAUUUCGUCUGUUCUCUUCCCUUCGGAUUCAUUGGCUGUGAGGUCGCACCACCAUCCCUAUUUCUGUUUAUCCAAAUGCCAACUUUCCACUUGGUGCCUCUUGCACUCACUUGGUCAUCCGAAUUUCGCAGACAGCACACUGAAACUCCUUUAUGACCUUCUCUACGGAUGGAUUUAUUGUCUUCCACUUUCGAACCCACUCUAAUGAUUGUUUGUGUUUUUGUCUAUUCAGGUCUCUGUUCGGUUUGUACUUACUUUGUUUAGUUUGACGAACCUCCAGAAAGCGUCCGAUGCAUCGAUUCGUCCUGGUUUCACUGUGCCUCCUCGCGAUGAUGGCUGAGUGCGGCGUACAACUUUGGGAACUCCGCAUGUAUAACCACAGUAGCAAUUGAGAUGAUUUCUUUCUUUCAGCACUAUACCUCUGCAUAAAUGACACCUACCGGUGGAUGGGCGAUGCAGGUGUUUAGAUUGUAACCCACGCAUCAUUGAUUCAAAUCUACAACUGCCGGAGCUUGCUUAUCUGCGAAGCGUCGAUAUCUUUCUUCUUCCGGUGUACUGUUGAUGUCACUUUUUCUCAUAUUUAACCCUGUGGUUUCCAAGUGGGAUCGGUGAUUUCGUUAUAGUAACCGAUUGUCUGUGUUCGUCUUGUACUUAGCUGAAAAUUUUCGCUCAUGAUGAUUGGUUUAUUGCCAAUUGAAGCAGCAUAAACUGCAGCUAAUCUGUUCCUGUACUUACUGAGCUAAUGUCUUCGGCCGAGCCUUGUUUCCAAGUCGUAGACACCCUUUGUUUGUUGAUCUGUUCUUUCUUGUGAGGUUGUUCAUUUGAUCACGGUUCUAUACCAUUUAGUCCUCUACCCAAGAUGCUCGUGUAUUGCUAACAGAGAUGGCCACCAUGAUCAUCGUCCCGUCAGCCACGAAAUGCUGUCAUAAACUGGUUCUAGUCGUUCUUAACCUUUUCUACUUUGGUUGUACUUAAGCAUCGAUUACCCAAGUUAUCUUGUUUGCUUAUGGCGCUUUGAACAACCAAAAACGAUUUAAAUAGACUAAUGGCUACUCG